UGGAUCGGACUCAUUGGAUUGAAAUAGGUUCAUAUGCUGGUCACGUGGUUUGUUUCGUAAUUUUUAUCGAAUUUUUUUUUUGAAAAAUAAAAACUUUCAAACCAUGGAUAUUCCUGAAGAAAUAUCAAUCUAUAAUUUUAUUCAAUCACAUAUUGUCGAAAUAAAUUCAUUGAAAAAACAAUGUCGAACUAAACAAUGUAAAAAUGUUUUGCAACGAGUACCUCGACAUAUACGUAGACGAGCUGCAAGUAAUAAUCCAAAACGUUUACCAAAAAAAUUACAAAAAUUCCUUCAACAACCGAGUAAAUCUUCGAAUAAAACUUUACAGAUUAAAAAAUCAUCAUCAAAAAUUCGACGAAUACGUAAACGUAAAAUUCGUAAACGUAAUAAAGAUUCUCGUCGUACUAUUCUGCAUAUGUGGUUUACUAAACGUUUUAAAAUGGAAUUUUUGUGGAAUAUUUUUAUUCCAUGGAAAAAUAAUAUGAAAAAUCAAAGAAUAUUAUAUCGUGGUUCGAAAAAAGGUUCCGUUUGUUAUUAUAUGGCAUUUUUGAAAACUUUCCUUUUACAUUCAUCCGACAACAACAAUGAUAAUAUUUAUCGAAAACUUUCAGAUUUUAUUUCACCCGAAGGACUAGAACGUCUUAAAACAAUUUCGAAUCAUCAUUCUAUGAAUAUAAAUCUUUACGAAUAUCAAAAAUAUCCAUAUAAUUUAAUAGGUCCUUGUGAUGUAGUUAAAAUCAAACAAAAUGAUAAACUUUAUUUAGCAUUCACUGGUCAUCUACUUGUUUUCGAUUCAAUAAUCAAACAAUUUCUUGAACGAAAUAUUUCAUUAUCAUUUGAACAAAAAGAUUGUUCUUGUAUUCGUCUUCAUGGUUCACAUUCAUCCGAGCGUCUUAGCAAAAAACUUGGAAAAAAAUUACCAACAACAUUUGAACAAAAUCAAUGGCAAUGUUGGGAUCAAUCAAUAAAUCAAUCAUCAGAUUUUUCAAUAUUUUUUAAUAAUUUAGAAAAAGAAAUCAUUGCCAUUCGACAGUAUCAUUUUGGCCAUCAUCAAAUCGAAACAAUUGAAAUUUUAAUUCCAAAUCAAUUUUUGAAAAAAAUUUGGAAUAAAAUCAAUGCUAAUAUGUCACAUUUAGUUGGUGGAUUACGUGAUUUAGAAGUGAUGACAAUCGAUACCGAAACGUUAUUGUAUCCAAAAAUUGGUUAUAAAGAUUGUAUGGUUAAUCGUCAAGAAAAAUCAAAUAUAUUUGAUUUUGAAAACAAAUAUAUUAUUCGUAAUCAUGAUAUUCUAACCAGUUUGAAUACAAAUCAUUCAUUUGAUAAAAUUACCAACAAAAUUAUUGAUCCAGAAAAUUGUCUUAUUCAAGUGAUGGUUGAUUAUCUUAAAGGCACUCCGAAAACUGAUGAUAUAAUUUUAGUUCCUAAAUCAUCGGAUUAUUUAUCAAAAUUGAUGGUGGAUGGUCAUUUGAAAUCGGAAAAUCUAACCAAUAUUGAUGUCAACAAUGAUGAUGAUCAUGAACCUAUUGGUCUUAUUGAAUUUGGAUGUUUUUCAAUGAGAAUGGCUCAUUCACGUGCAAUUGGCAUCAUUUCUUUACAAAGUUUAGAAAAAUUAUUUUUGAUUAAUCAAAAAAAUCCAACGCAAUUAUACACAUUGGUUAAAACAAAAUUUAAUCAUUUAAAAAUAGUUAAAAUUUCACUUAUUAUUUGUUAA